GCGUCUCUCUUCUUCACGCGAAGACCGAGGAGGAGGAGGGAAACAGAAAAUGGCGGACGGUGUUGACCACAUCGAUAUUUACGCUGAUGUAGAAGAGGAAUUUAAUCAGGAAUCAGAUUAUCCUGUCCAUGAGCAGAUUGACCUGUAUGAUGAUGUCAUCUCGCCAUCUGCCAACAACGGGGACGCACCUGAGGACCGAGAUUACCUGGAUAACUUGCCGGCACCCGGAGGCAAUGAGGGCUCCAAAGGAGCUCCACCAAACGUCGUCUACACCUACACUGGCAAAAGAAUCGCUCUGUACAUCGGCAACCUCACAUGGUGGACCACUGAUGAAGAUUUGACGGAUGCGAUUCGCUCCAUAGGCAUCAAUGAUGUGCUGGAGAUAAAGUUUUUUGAGAAUCGGGCAAAUGGCCAAUCAAAGGGGUUUGCGCUGGUUUGCGUAGGUUCAGAUUCCUCGUCCAGGAAGCUGAUGGAUCUGCUUUCUAAACGAGAGCUGCACGGACAAAACCCCAUCGUCACCCCUUGCAACAAACAGUCGCUCAGCCAGUUUGAGAUGCAGUCCCGAAAAACAAUCCCACCAGGCACACAGUCGGGACAGAUGUCAGGAGAGGGAAAGGCUGGGCCUCCAGGAGGAGGUCGCAGUGGCUUCCCUCUCGGCAGGGGUCGAGGGCGCUUUCCGGGCCAACCUGGCCCAGGUGGAGACCGUUUUCCUGGGCCUGGUGGACCCCCGCCACACUUUCCAGGUAUGCAAGGACCACCGCGUCCUCCCUCUGGCCCACCUGGGCCUCCGGGACCCCCUGGCCCCCCUCCACCUGGACAAGGUCUACCGCCGCCUCUCGGUGGACCCCCUCACAGAGGAGACCGCCCUCCACCUCCUGUCAUUUUUCCUGGUCAGUUUGGCCAACCUCCAAUGGGUCCGAUGCCUCCUGGCCCCCCUCCACCAGGAUACGGGCCUCCCCCAGGCCCCCCACCACCUCAGCAAGGUCCACCCCCUCCCGGACCCUUCCCACCCCGUCCACCUGGACCCUUGGGACCCCCGCUUGGCCUUGCACCUCCACCUCACAUGCAGGGACCCCCACCUGGAGGUCCACCACCAGCUCCUCACGUCAACCCAGCCUUUUUCCCUCCACCUGGAAACAACAACAUGCCACCAUCCGACGGCAGGGGUCCUCCACCCGGCGACCCCUACGGCCGCCCUCCUCCUUAUGACCGAGACUACGGCCCGGGUGGCAGUAACUUCAGACCCCCUGUAAUAUGUGGCUUUGAGCCCUGGAUAAACGAGGGGUUGGUUGAUGUGAAAAACUCUGGCCAGCACUUGCACAAUACAAGUGAUCAAGGGGACAUGGAUGCGUCUCGCACUCCUCUGAGCGAAGCAGAGUUUGAGGAGAUCAUGAAUCGGAACCGAGCAAUCUCCAGUAGUGCUAUCUCAAGGGCCGUGUCGGAUGCGAGCGCAGCUGAUUACGGCAGUGCUAUAGAGACUCUGGUGACGGCCAUCUCUCUAAUCAAGCAGUCGAAGGUUUCCGCUGAUGACCGCUGUAAGGUUCUCAUCAGCUCACUGCAGGAUUGCUUGCAUGGAAUUGAAUCAAAAUCUUAUGGAUCUGUGUCGAGCAGACGGGAAAGGUCUAGGGAGAGGGACCACAGUCGCUCUCGUGAAAAGAACCGUCGGCACAAGUCUCGCAGCCGAGACCGGCACGAGGACUAUUACCGGGAGCGUAGCCGCGAGAGAGACCGCCAUCGCGAGCGAGACCGUGACCGCGAGAGAGACCGAGAACGUGAACGGGAAUAUCGCCACCGCUAGUUGGAUAGGAAGCUGAACGCAAGAGGAGGAGGAGAGACGUCAGGAGCAACGUGGACUCAUCCGACAGCAUCCCGCGUCGCAGAGCGCUGGACUCCGGACACAAGGAGAGUUCUGUCAAACAUUACAUACUCACUCUUACUCUCGUUUUAUUUUUUACUUUUAUUUGGAAGUAGCUGUGUGCUAAAGUCAGUUCAGCUUUUGACAAAUUAUUUGCCUGCUCAUUCGAAACACAGAAAACUUUCCGACUGCUAUAAUGUUGUAAAUUGUCAGUUAGCUAGAUUUGUUUUUAUAGGAACUUUCUUUUUUUUUUUUUUCCCUUCCCCCUCGUCCAUAUAAUGUUUGUAAGUGUCUUUUGCCUUGAUUAUUAAAUAGAAUCUGUGUUGUAAUAAAGUGUGUACUGGGGUUGUUGCUUGUUCAUAAUUUAGGUUUAUACUUCCAAUCUCCAUUUUAGCCAAAAUACUUAACUGCUCAGAAAUGCAUAUUUUCCUAAAUUUGUCCUACCUUUUUUUUUUUUUAAUCUUUACUUUCUAUAAAUGCUGUGCCAUUGUGCCUUUUCCGGUUUUACCCGAUUUCAAGAGUUUCCAUGCAGUGGUCUCAGUGUUAAAAGUUUUCAAGUUUUGGGUAGAUUUAUCAUUAAUGUUUCAAAUUAUUUUCCAAAUAAUGUAGGGUUUUAUCUUUCCAUGAAACUUUUCAGUGGUUUUCCUGAUUGUAAUUGGAAUCACACAAUUCAAAUGUGAAAUGCUCCUCUAAUUUUUGCAGUCAAUUUAUUUUUAGAACAAAAAUCAUGAGUCGUAAAUAUUAAUACAAACUAUUCGGCAUUUGUAAUGCAUUUCUUUUAUGCUUAUAUCCUAUGUUCAUGUGUGUAUAUACAGGCCAUUUUGUAAUACUGUUUGAUUUUGCUAAUUUAAAAUUUAAACGUGAGAUUUAUGCAUUGUGUGGCUUUAUCUCAAUUUCUCAACUUGUCUGUCCCUUUUUAAAAGGUUAGUUUUUAGAUCUUUAGGUCUCACUUCACUUACGGCAAUGUUUGCCAGUGAUGUAAUGAGCAAUGUUGGCGCCUAGACCCAUCACUGCUUACUGUAAAUAUGCAAGUACUUUAUUUUGAAACUUUGAAUGCAUAAAUAGAUUUGAGAGAUGCACUUGGACUAUGGGGUGUUUGUCUCACUGACCACUGUGUGCCUGUGCAUUGGUCAGGUUUCAUCUGUUGAACAACAGAAUAUAAGAUUCAUGUGGACACAAUUACUCCCUUGUGGCCUGUGUUUUUAAUGGUUUUCCAAUGCAACCAGAGUAAGUGCAGUGCUAGUUUCUAGUGGUUUUUUUACAACUGAAUACUCUGGUGGUGAAGUGGAUGAACAACCAUAUUGUGGGUUCCUGUUCCCUGGACUGAGAGGUAAGUCGAUUUUGUCUUGUAUAUGUCUUUUUGAAAUUGAUACGGCUGUGUUUUUUACAGCUCUUUGAAUGGACGUUUUGUUGUAAUAUUGCUAGUCAUGCAGUUAUGCUUCAACUAUAUUCAGUAUAUUAUGUAAUUUCAUUAAUUGUUCAUAGACAUUAUUGUGGUUCAGUCCACAUAUUAUUAAAUUCGUGAUUAAUGUGGGCUACCUGAUUUCAAAAUAUUUUUGCCAAUCAAUAAAAUUUUCUUAAUUUUU